AUGGCUAUCUUAAAAAGAGGGGCUAGAAAGAAGGUACAUCAGGAGCCUGCCAAACGCUCUGCGAAUAUCAAGAAAGCCACUUUCGAUUCCUCGAAGAAGAAAGAAGUUGGUGUGUCUGAUCUGACUCUUCUUUCUCAAAUCUCUGAUGAAGCUAUAAAUGAAAACUUAAAGAAGAGAUUUUUGAAUGCUACAAUCUACACUUAUAUAGGUCAUGUGUUGAUCAGUGUCAAUCCAUUUCGAGACCUCGGAAUCUAUACUGAUGCCGUUAUGAAUGAAUACAAAGGUAAGAAUAGAUUGGAAGUGCCACCCCAUGUAUUUGCAAUUGCAGAGUCUAUGUACUACAAUAUGAAGUCUUACAAUGAAAAUCAGUGUGUUAUCAUUUCAGGUGAAUCAGGUGCGGGUAAAACUGAAGCAGCCAAGAGAAUUAUGCAAUAUAUUGCGGCCGCUUCUAGCACUCAUACAGAGUCAAUUGGCAAGAUUAAAGACAUGGUUUUAGCCACAAAUCCAUUGCUGGAAUCUUUUGGUUGCGCAAAGACUUUGAGAAAUAAUAACUCUUCUAGGCAUGGGAAAUAUCUAGAAAUUAAAUUUAAUAAUCAGUUUGAGCCAUGUGCAGGCAAUAUUACAAACUAUUUGUUGGAAAAACAGAGAGUUGUGAGUCAAAUCAAGAAUGAGAGAAAUUUCCAUAUAUUCUACCAAUUUACGAAAGGUGCUUCCGACGCUUAUAGGCAAACAUUUGGGGUUCAAAAACCAGAGCAAUAUGUGUACACAGCUGCCGCAGGAUGUAUAUCUGCUGAAACAAUUGAUGACUUACAAGAUUAUCAAGAAACAUUAAAAGCUAUGAGAGUUAUUGGUCUCGGCCAAGAGGAACAAGACCAAAUUUUCAGAAUGUUGGCUGCAAUCCUUUGGAUUGGUAAUGUUUCCUUCAUAGAAAAUGAGGAGGGAAAUGCGCAAGUUAGAGACACCUCGGUAACUGAUUUUGUUGCUUAUUUGUUACAAAUAGAUAGCCAAUUGCUAACCAAGUCACUUGUUGAAAGAAUUAUGGAAACCAAUCAUGGUAUGAAAAGAGGGUCAGUGUAUCAUGUUCCAUUAAAUAUUGUCCAAGCAGAUGCGGUUAGAGAUGCUUUGGCAAAGGCUAUUUACAACAACUUAUUUGACUGGAUUGUGAGUAGGGUUAACAAAUCUUUGCAGGCUUUCCCAGGCGCUGAAAAAUCCAUUGGUAUUCUUGAUAUUUACGGUUUUGAAAUCUUUGAACAUAACUCUUUCGAGCAGAUCUGUAUCAAUUAUGUUAAUGAAAAGUUGCAACAAAUCUUUAUCCAAUUGACAUUGAAAUCUGAACAAGAAACUUACGAAAGAGAAAAGAUUCAAUGGACCCCAAUCAAAUACUUCGAUAACAAGGUUGUUUGUGAUUUGAUUGAGGCAAGAAGACCACCUGGUAUAUUUGCUGCAAUGAAUGAUUCUGUUGCAACUGCACAUGCGGAUUCAAAUGCUGCUGAUCAGGCUUUUGCCCAGCGUUUAAACUUGUUCACAACAAAUCCACAUUUUGACUUGAGAUCUAACAAGUUUGUUAUUAAGCAUUAUGCCGGUGAUGUCACAUACGAUAUUGACGGUAUUACAGAUAAAAAUAAGGAUCAAUUACAAAAGGACCUAGUAGAAUUAAUCGGUACUACUACUAAUACAUUUUUAGCCACCAUUUUCCCGGAUACUGUAGACAGAGAGUCAAAAAGAAGACCACCUACAGCGGGUGAUAAAAUUAUAAAGAGCGCAAAUGACUUGGUUGAAACUUUAUCAAAAGCACAACCUUCAUAUAUCAGAACAAUUAAGCCAAACGAAACCAAAUCUCCUAACGAUUACGACGAUCGACAAGUUCUACACCAGAUCAAGUAUCUAGGUCUGCAAGAAAACGUGCGCAUAAGAAGAGCGGGUUUUGCAUAUAGACAGGUGUUUGAAAAAUUCGUGGAAAGAUUUUAUUUAUUAUCUCCUCACUGUUCUUACGCUGGUGACUAUACAUGGCAAGGUGAUACCUUGGAUGCUGUUAAGUAUAUUUUACAGGAUUCUUCUAUCCCACAGCAGGAGUAUCAACUAGGUGUCACAAGUGUUUUCAUUAAAACACCUGAAACAUUAUUUGCCUUGGAGCAUAUGAGAGAUAAAUACUGGCACAAUAUGGCUGCCAGAAUCCAGCGUGCUUGGAGGAGAUUUUUGCAAAGAAGAAUUGAUGCAGCUACUAAGAUCCAACGCACUAUCAGGGAGAGGAAAGAAGGUAAUAAGUACGAAAAGCUCCGGGAUUAUGGUACAAAGGUUUUGGGUGGAAGAAAAGAAAGAAGAUCUAUGUCGUUAUUAGGUUAUAGAGCCUUCAUGGGUGAUUAUCUAUCAUGCAACGAAUCCAAAUCUAAGGGCGCUUAUAUCAAAAGGCAAGUGGGCAUCAAAGAGAUGAUCAUCUUUUCAAUACAUGGUGAAGCUUUGCAUACCAAAUUUGGUCGUUCUGCACAAAGGUUGAAAAAGACUUUCUUAUUAACUCCAACAACGUUGUACAUUGUUGGUCAGACUUUGGUUCAAAAUGCUAUGACCUAUACACAAGAUUAUAAAAUUGAUGUGCGGAACAUUCAAGCGGUUAGUUUAACCAACUUACAGGAUGGUUGGGUCGGCAUUAAUUUGACUGGUUCAGGUCAACCUGACCCAUUGAUCAAUACAUAUUUCAAAACGGAACUUAUAACGCAUCUAAAGAGGUUUAACGACAAGAUUCAAAUUAAAAUAGGGUCGACGAUAGAAUACCAAAAGAAACCUGGAAAGUUGCAUUCAGUGAAAUGUCAAAUUAAUGAAUCUUCACCAAAAUAUGGCGACAUAUAUAAAUCUAGUACAAUAUCAGUCCGUCGUGGUAAUCCGCCUAAUUCUCAAGUGCACAAAAAACCGAGAAAAAAGAGUUCAAUUUCUUCAGGGCAUCGUGCCAGUUCCUCGCAAGCAACGAGGAAACCAGUUUCAAAUGUUCCCGCACAGCAUGUACCUGUUGCCCCAACUCCUAGACAUUCUAAAAAACCUGCCCCUCCACCGCCAGGGAUGCAGAACAAAGCCACUACAAGAAGAUCCGCUCCUAAUCCUGGUUCUAACCCCAUUACAUCCCAAACUAAUGUCCGCCCUGCUGUCCCUACUGAUGCCACUCGUGCUACACCCGUUGGUGCCACAACGAAGAGCAAUAGACAGGCCAAUAUCCCCCCUCCCCCUCCACCACCGCCCACUACGAAGCCAAAAGAACCCAUGUUUGAAGCGGCUUACGAUUUUCCUGGUUCAGGAUCGCCAUCUGAGUUGCCUUUAAAGAAAGGUGACGUAGUUUAUAUUACAAGAGAAGAGCCAAGCGGUUGGUCUCUUGCAAAACUUCUAAAUGGCUCUAAGGAAGGCUGGGUGCCAACAGCUUACAUGAAACCACAUUCUGGAAAUAAUAAUGUCUCUGCGCCUCCUCCCCCCCCUCAGAACAGGAAUGUUUCUCAACCCGUACCAAAUUCUGUACAGCAGAAUAACACCUCUGUAAACGUUCUUCCAACUGCAACCCAGGCAAGUUUGGGUGAUGGUUUGGCGAAUGCGCUGGCUGCGAGAGCUAAUAAAAUGAGAUUAGAGAGUGAUGACGAGGAGGCUAAUGAAGAUGAAGAGGAGGAUGAUUGGUAA